AAACCAUACCACACAGUUUCUCUCACACACAGUGUGCACUGACACCUGAUCUGAGGUCACUUUAAAGGACAAGGAGAAAACACAUGAUUCAAGAAAGAACAAUUGUAGAAGUUUAGAUAGAAGAGGUUUGAGUGGACUAUAUGAGCUCUGUAUUGUUUUCUCUGAGAAAAAAGGACAACAUGCGAGCCUUCCUCCUCCUCCUCUUCCUCAGCGAGAUCUUGCUGCUGAGACUGACCUCCGCAACCACCAUGAAAGAGCAAAAACAAAACAUGAGGGUGCGUAUCAGCGCUGUUGGAGACACCAUUGUACUGAAGUUCAUCCGGCCCCAUGUGGACACCAGACUGGAGGGAUAUAUCUUGGGCUAUGGCAGCAGCAUGUUCUCCAAACAAUUUAUCCAGCUACCCGAGGAUGGACAACCCUAUGAGACUGAGAUAGAUGCUGAGCCCAAAUAUCUGAUUGCGGUACAGUCGAAGAUUCCUGAGGAACCUAAGAAAAAGUGUGCAGGAAAAGUGGAUCUAGACAAGCCACUGAACGUUGUGAUCGGCUCGGUAACAGAGUCCUCAGUGCUGCUGUCCUGGGGGACACUACUGACCAGCCCCUUCAUGGAUACCGUUCUGGAAGACUGUUUUGAUGAAGGACAGUUCACAGUGCGCUACAGAGAGAAGGAACCCAGCAAUACCUGGAACUACCAGACCUGUCCAUCCACCAGCACAGUCAUCGACAACCUCAAACCAGAUGCUCUGUAUGAGUUUGCGGUCCGAGCAGACACCGACACAAACAGUGGAGUCUGGAGUCCACCGGUUGUCCAUAACCCAGCUGAGCCAUUUAAGGAACUGAACCAGGUGAAGCCUAAGAAGCCAGUCUUAGCAAGCCAGCAAUCAUUCUUGCCACCAGUGCCAGUCUUAAACAACAUUAACCAGACCAGAGCAGCUCCUCUAUUCAAAUACCCGAGCCUUCCAAAGCCAAGCAAAACAUCAGUUUCAUCAACAGGGGAAGAAAAUCCCACAACAGUUCCUGACAAUCCACCUACCUCAACCGAGGCCCUUCCUUCCUCUCACACAUCUAUCAUUCUGCCCACGCCAAUGACCUCAAGCACAGUUCGACCUCUAAAGCCCACCAGUCAUCCCAGUACAACCCAAGCAGAUCUUCUCACAGAGCAACAUACUACCAUAACCCCACAACAACCUACAACAUCUCAGCCACAACCUUCCAGAACCCAACAACAAACCAGCACAACCCAACAACCAUCCACUACAAUCCAACAAUAUACCAGCAAAAUGCAAAUCUCAGUCAAAGAUCAACCAAACACAGCCAAACUGCUUCUGAAUACAGCGCCACACCGGUUUAGUGAAACAUCUUCCCCUAAUCCACCUACAACCAAACCACCAAUUCAACAAACCCAACAACGCACCACAAGCACUGUCCAGGAACAUCCUCACCCAUCUAAGAAACAAGACACCAUAACUCAAGACAGUCUCCAUACAAGAAAAAUUCAGCCCAGCACCAAGCUGCAUCGACUGAGCACAACCCAACGUUCACGAGGCACGUCCAAAAUUCCAACCACUCACACUUAUUUUCCAGAAACCACUUCUCACUUCCAGUCCAGCACAAUCGCACAUUCUGAACAGCCAAACACCAAACCACCACCAACAACACAGGAUUGUUCCACAAAUAGUCAUUCACUGACAAACACAGCUUUGACUUCACCCACUACUUUAACAAACACUGUCUUAGUAACAGACCAACAAACAGAUGUCUUAGUAUCACAGCUGAAAACCGAUGUUAGCAAACAUCCAGUAUUUAGCACUAAUCCAUCCAUCCCUGAAGAAUAUUCUACAUCCCAUAUUCCCACAACUAAAAAUCCACCUCUUACUGAGAACAUACAGGAACUGACUCCACAUCCUAUAAAUCCACCCAUAACCUUUUGGUACCAGCCCAGACCCAGCACCACAACAAAGCAUUCCAGCACCACUAAACAGCAGGCUAGCACUUCUAAAUACAACCCAAAAACGGACUCCCAAGUUGAAAAUCGACAACCUACCCCUGAAGAAUGGUUGCCAGGUACCCCAAAAAACCUACUAAACCUCACACCUCAAACAGCUUUCACCAAAUCCGAUGCCGUUCAAAACUCACCUGUGGCGGAGAAGGUAACAGUGGGGACGAGUCAUCCAAGUCGACCAGCGGCUAUUUCCCAGCCAAAGGACGAACAGCUACUGUCACAGCCAACACUUACAAAUGAGGUGGCCAAUGGGAAUGAGGGCAGAGGUAUCUUCCGCAACUCUUCUUCUGUGUCCCGCCUCUUGGCACGAAAUGCUACACAGAGAUUGAGCUUUCACAGUCGUGUCCCUCCAGUUCACCAAACAAAGUUUUUCGGGCCACCUCCUGGGUAUCGUAACUCAACUGGCAACAAGAAAAAGGGUAUAAGAGUGCCCCAUGGUGAGUUGCAACAUCAACGACUUUUGGGGUCCAAAUUUCCAAAGAGAACCAGAGAGCAACUUGUGAAUACAAAGCUGAACCAGGUCUCAGAGACUAAAGAAAAGGACAACAUUAUUGAUCUGAAGCAGAUGGACCCAGUACCAGAUUUAAAACCUCUAGCUCCACCCACUACCCAAAGACCAGCCAAACAACGGCCAUCAUUGACAACAACACCACAUUCUGUUUUUGAGGGGAGUCGUUUUGACACCGGUGACAACUCCUCUGUAUUCAGAUCUCAUCCCCUCUCUGAGGUGGAUGCCACGGGGAAGAAGCGUUUCAUAGCACCUCACGUGAUCUAUAGAACCGACAAACGUCCGGAGGAGCCAUGCUCUGUCACUCACUCACUCAGCUCCUUUCCUGAUGAGGAGAUCGGAUACUUGAAUGUCACUGGCCCACCCAAGACCCCUCCAUCCAACCUUACUGUGGUCACAGUGGAAGGAUGCCCCUCCUUCAUCAUCCUUGACUGGGACAAAACGGAUAAUGAGACCACAGAAUAUGAGGUAGUUUCCUCCACCAAGGGUCCGCAUGGAGAGGAGGUGUCUGUCCAAACAACAAAUCAAACACACACAGCUGUGGAGAACCUGAAACCAGAGAGCAGUUAUGAGUUCAAAGUUACACCCAAGAAUGAGCUGGGUUCUGGCCCAGCCAGCGAGCCGGUCACCUUCAGUACUGAGUCAGCUGAUCCUCGUGUGAGUGAGAUCCAAACCGGUAAAAAUGCCAUCUGGUCAUCGUUUCCAUUCAAGUCUGACUCGUACUCCGAGUGCAAUGGGCAGCAGUUCAUAAAGCGGACCUGGUACCGCAAGUUUGUGGGUAUCCAGUUGUGCAACUCUCUUAGAUACAAGAUCUACCUGAGUGACUCUCUCAAAGGGAAGUUCUACAGCAUAGGAGAUCAAACUGGGUAUGGAGAGGAUCACUGCCAAUUUGUUGACUCGUUCCUGGACGGACGAACCGGUGGUCCCCUUCCACCAGAUCAGUUACCACCCAGAAAAGGCUUUUACCGGGCCAUGCGUCAAGAGCCUGUCAGGUUUGGGGACAUCGGAGGAAAUUCCAUGAUCAACUACGUGGCCUGGUAUGAGUGUGGGAUACCCAUUCCUGGGAAGUGGUAGGACCCCGGGGAGCAGAUGGAAGACGUGACGGAUAAGAAGCAUCCGCUGCCAAGGGAGAACAGCCUUUUUAUGGGAUGUUUGUGUUGAGAGAAUGAUUUCUGUGGAAUAUGUAUCUGUAUUUUCGGGUAUCGGGCACAUAUAGAAUUAUUUAUAUACUGUAGUGCAGCAAACGUCAAAGAGAGCUGAAUGAAUGUUAUUGUUGAGAUUAAGAAGUUUAACUUUAGAGAAUAUAGGGAAGCAGGCUCCCUUAAAGGCAAAAUGAAUGUGUAUAUUAUUUAUCAAAAUGCCACUGAAAGAAAAAUGACCACGGCCAACUUAAAGGAAUGUUCCAGGUUCAAAACAGGUUUUGUGUAGACAGCAUCUAUAACAUUGUCAUAACAGAAAAUUAUUUUUCUAUUAUACAAAUAUAAUUUUUGUAAUAUAAAUAUAUAUUUAUUUUAUAUAAAUAUAUAUUUAUAAUAAAUUUUUUUAUUCUUCGAUACUUUUUACUAAAAAACUUUUGGUGGGAUGAUGAACUUUUGAUUAUGCACUGCCAAUUCCUAAAGGUGGAUUUUUCUCUGUCAACAGUCCUUUUUUUGGACCUUGCAAGUAUUGUGCAAAAGUUACCAGGUUUACUGGCUUUAUAUGGUCAUUGUAGUUGAAAAAUUGGACAGUGUACAGCUGUACACUGUCUCAUGUGAAUAUCCUAAUUAAAGCUUUUGGCUUUAUGAAAUACUUUGUAUUUUAACGUUUAUCUGGGUGCAAUGCUUUGCCCCAUCGACUUUCAUUGGAGGUGCUUUAUUUUUUUCCAAAUAGAUUUGAAUGAUUUUUCCUGUUAUCAUCAAUAUAUAUCACAGAUGCUGUUAACAACAUGCUGAGUGUACUAAGCCUGAAACAUUCCUUUAACAGCUCAAGCGCAAUGCUAAACAAAGAAUUUAAACACUAGGUCAUAUAAACUAUUGUUCAAGACAUGCAGCUUUUCAAGUAAUUGUUGUAAUUAUACUAUGUAUGAAUGUCAGAAAUGCAACAUCUCUUUAACAAGGAAGUCUAUUGUUUUGUACAGAAGUUCAGUGACUCAUGAUUUCCAGAGCAAGCUUUUAAAUGCCAGAUUUUAUGUAACAUGUUUUUACAUUGAAACUUUGAUAUAUUUUAUAAGGUUUAUAAUGAAUCUGCUUUACCAAUAAAAGCACAAGCAGUUUAUUUUAUGAUCUCUUUUUUUUUUUUUUUUGGUGGCUA